AUGGCGCGCCGCGGUGGCGUGAAGCGCAUCUCGGGCGACCUCUACGAGGAGGUGCGCCGCGUGCUGAAGGCCUACGUGGAGGACAUUGUGCGCUGCAGCACGGCCUACACCGAGUACGCGCGCAAGAAGACUGACGGCGGUCGAUGUCGUGAAUGCGCUGCGCAAGCGCGGCCACAUCCUGUACGGCUACGCGUAAAUCAAUCGUGCCUUGACCUUUCGCACACUCAUAGAUAUGCUUUCUUUCUUCGCGCAGUCGUUUAUUUGUCUUUUGGUUUUCGACUUCCCCUCCCCCACUAUGGCUCUUCUUCUCUCUCGUGCUGA